GUUGGGUUGGGAUUUGGAAAGAUGACCGGAUGCAAACGUCAUCGUCUGCAAACCCCCUCCCCUUCGAAGUCGAUCACCACUUGAUCAUCCGGGGGCGACUAAGCCAUCUGCUACUAAAUAAAGUGGGCAGUUCCUAAGGUGUUGAAGUUAAUUAAAUUUUGGAUCUAUAUCUGAACGAACGCAAUUCGACAUUGUACAUUACCUAUUGUUCUCACCUUCUUUACCUUAGUGUCACUAGUCAUCUCACCUCACACCAGCAUCAUGGCUUCCAUACUUCGCAGCAGCAGACUAUCCCUUCGUGCAAGCUACUCUCCCUUCAUCCGUCCAGCAUCGCGUCUUACUCCGAAGACCGUCCAGCCCUGGCGCGGCUACGCUCAUAGCUCCUACGGCGGCGAGGGCGAGACCCAGGCUGAACAACCCAACACCUCCCGCAACGAGCCUACCCGAGACCUCGAACAUCCGGGACCCCCCGCCCCUGACGUAAGUGGCUCGUCAAAGAAGUCCCAGCAGUCCGGCAGCAGCAGCAGUAGUGGCAGCAAGGACACUGGUCAUGGCACUGGCACUGGCGUCGAAAACAAGAGUCACAGCAAGACUACACCAUCCAACAAGGCCAGACCGACCAUCACGGAUGGCGUGAAUUCGCCCAAUGCAGAGCUCGAUGGAACAGUGGGAGACAAUGCAUCGGAGGAUGUCAAGAAACACAACCAGGAGAUGGACCAACGGUACGAUCACGCGUAUAACCAGGUGAAGAAAUAAGUAAAGGUUGAGAGUUGUAGCGCAUUGAGAGACAAAUUGUCCAUGUAUUUCUAUGUAU